AUGCCACCGGGCAGCCCUUUUUAAGAGAAAAGCCAGGACCGGUGGAAGAGCGACCCCUGAGCAGCGAUCCGGGUGCUGAGCACGGUGCUGAGCGCAGGGAUCCCGCGGCUGCCGCGUUACAGCAACAUGAGCGAGCGACAAGGCACUGGGGCAACCAAUGGAAAAGACAAGACGUCUGGUGAAAAUGAUGGGCAGAAGAAAGUCCAAGAAGAAUUUGACAUUGACAUGGAUGCGCCAGAGACAGAACGCGCGGCGGUGGCCAUUCAGUCUCAGUUCAGAAAAUUCCAGAAGAAAAAGGCUGGGUCCCAGUCCUAGCGGGAGAGCCCCCUCCUAGUCUGCCAGAAGACACCGAAUUCAACCAUCAUCU